GGAAAUACAGAAUGUCAACUCUUUGAAGAGGGACCUCAGUGUAUUUGCAGAGCAGGUUUUGAACGGCCAAAUUGUACAGAUAUUGAUGAGUGCACUACUGGUCGUCAUAUGUGUCAUGUUAAUGCUCUGUGCACCAAUAGUCCUGGUAGUUAUGUUUGUAGAUGCCGUCGGGGUUUUGUAGGAGAUGGCAGAUCAUGUUCUGAUGUUACCACUACAGCCACAACUGAAACAGUGAUUACCACUGCGGCACCARCAAAACAAGAGGUUUCUUCUGAACCACCAACCAAAAAAGAGGCUACCACAGCAGCACCAACUGAAACAGAGCCUGGAACUGCAGACACAACCAAAACAUUGGUUACCACUGCACAACCAUUCAAAACAGAGGUCACCACUGCAGAACCAUCCAAAACAGAGGUCACCACUACACAACCAACCAAAGUAGAUGUUACCACUNCAGCACCAACUAAAGUAGAUGUUACCACUGCAGAACCAACCAAAGUAGAUGUUACCACUGCAGAACCAACCAAAGUAGAUGUUACCACUGCAGAACCAACCAAAGUAGAUGUUACCACUGCAGAACCAACCAAAGUAGAUGUUACCACUGCAGAACCAACCAAAGUAGAUGUUACCACUGCAGAACCAACCAAAGUAGAUGUUACCACUGCAGAACCAACCAAAGUAGAUGUUACCACUGCAGAACCAACCAAAGUAGAUGUUACCACUGCAGAACCAACCAAAGUAGAUGUUACCACUGCAGAACCAACCAAAGUAGAUGUUACCACUGCAGAACCAACCAAAGUAGAUGUUACCACUGCAGAACCAACCAAAGUAGAUGGUACCACUGCAGAACCAACCAAAGUAGAUGUUACCACUGCAGAACCAACCAAAGUAGAUGUUACCACUGCAGAACCAACCAAAGUAGAUGUUACCACUGCAGAACCAACCAAAGUAGACGUUACCACUGCAGAACCAACCAAAGUAGAUGUUACCACUGCAGAACCAACCAAAGUAGAUGUUACCACUGCAGAACCAACCAAACCAGACGUUGAAACAGAAGCAACAAAAACUCCUGAACCACAAGCCAAAGAGAAAACUACUGUAGCAACCACAACCACAGGACCCAUUCUGGUAACAACAUCCAAGCCGUUAGAUUUAUGCGCUGAUGGGAGUCAURAUUGUCAUCCUAAUGCUUAUUGCGUGACAACCCYUGGUUCUUAYAGUUGURKWUGUAAAGUAGGAUUUUCUGGCAAUGGUAAAUUAUGUGAAGAUAAAAAUGAAUGCUCUGAUGGAUCCUCAAAAUGUGAUAAGAAUGCUAUGUGUUUUAACACUCUCUCAUCUUAUCGGUGCAAUUGUGACAGUGGAUUUACUGGUGAUGGAUUCAUUUGUGAAGGUACUCAGCACUAUUUGUUUGUGGGUGAACUUGUGUAUUGAACUAAAAAUGUGAAU